AUGCAAUUCCCAGUUCUCUACUCACUCGCGUCACUCCUUACCCUUUCGCAAAUCACUCAGGCGGCUAGAGUCAUCAAAUUGACCAAAACCGUCGACAACACUGUCACCAACACUAACGUUGUCGAGGGAACCGUUUCGACGUUCACUGACUGGCUGACCAACACCAGAACAACCACCACCACUCGUUACACUUCGACUUACACCUCGACCAUUUUCGGUCAGCCUCACACUUAUGUGAGUGUGGUGAACUCUGAGAUUGAACAGCCUGCUGCUCCUCAGGAAACUGGCCAAGAGGCUCCUCAAGACACUCAGCAGACUCAACAACAACCAGAGGAGACUCAGGCUCAGGAAACUCAGCCACAAGAAACUCAGGCUCAGGAAAAGCCCGCAGAGACUCUGACUGCUCCACCAUCCACUGCUCCAGCUCCAUCCCCAGCUCCUUCUCCUGCUCCAACUAGUACUUCUACUACUGACGAAGAGGAGCUGGUGGAGACUGUGGCUGGUGACGAGCACUCUUCGCUGGAGCCAGGCUUUGUGCUUGACUCUGUGCUGACGUCGACCAACGAUGGCGUGUGUUACGUGGACUACGAGUACUACGAUGCCACUUCCACCGAGACUGUCACCAGCACAAGCACGCUUACCAGCACCAUUACUGUCUAG